AAUUCUUGUCAGCUUUUAGGGGGUGACAGUGGGGAUAAAGGCAAAUGCAAUCAGAUGUUACAGUGAGCUGAUGGGGUCUCAAAACUUCUACAGUAGUAAUGCGCCUGCAGUGUGAAUAGAUCACUCCUAGCUCCUCAAGUGAGGCAGUUUUUCAUUGGUGAUGUACACAACCACAUAAAACUGUCUAUUUUAAUUACGGCAAGGGAAUACAAUAACAUUUUGUAGGUGGUGGUCUGCCGAAAGUACCAAGUCCAAAGCUCAUUAUAGUAGCCUCGCCAAGAACAGUUAACUGUACAUUCGCUUCUAAAGUGGGACAACUAAGGUCCAUCGAGCACAAGGAAACAUUAAUAUUAAUGCACAACCGUAUUAACCGUUGAAAAGCAGGCGACGACAGCAAUUAUGUAAAUACCCAUUUUAAAAUAACCAAUGUUUGUGCACAAACCGUGUUAUGGUAGUUGGACGACGGGCAGGCAACUUUAAUUGGAGAUCUUAAAAUGUAUACAUACCAGACUCUUGUUUGAUAUAACUGGAAUUUUGCCAAAGGCAAACUACACUGAUGACGCAUCCCGUCUGAACUAUUCUACGGAGUAGGCGAAAGAUUCCCCUGACCGUGCAGGUGUGCGCUGAGUUCAUGUGUGCAUACGCACAUAGUGAGCCGAAUGACUGCCAAUUCUGUCAGGUCCAGGCUAUAAAAGUCCAGUAGCCAUUCAGUCUUUCAAGACAUCCUCUCCCAGGGUUCUUGUGGGACCGCGGACAAAGCCGAAAGAAGAAAGCAUCUCGUCGAAUUUAAACCUCAUUCCAGAAAAAAAACAACAACUUGUAACGGUGUCACUCAGAUUCCAGGCGAUCAGACAUGAAGCUAGCGUUCCUGGUCUUCACCGUCGUACUGCUUGUCGCCGUCCUACCUCGUUAUGAAAGUAGAGCUAUCGAAAACCCCGGCGCUGUUCAGUCAGCUUCUUCUGAUCCACAAUCUGACCUACAGAAGCUAUCUCUUCCCAUUCUUUUGCGACUAGGAGAGGAGUACUUCCUUAGGCUCGGCAGCGCGAACCAGAACCCACAAGUGUUCAUGCCCCCAGACGCGUCCUCCACAACUGUCAAGAGAGCGCUGCAGCUACAGCUCACCCAGCGUCUGUUGCAAGGCAAAGUUGCCAACAUCCGUCGGUUCGCGAGCAGCAACACCGACCAGCUCGACGACUCGAUGGAAAGAGGAAAGCGGACCGACGAUCCCCCAAUUUCACUGGAUCUGACGUUCCACUUGCUUCGAGAAGUACUAGAAAUGGCUCGAGCUGAACAGUUAGCUCAACAAGCGCAUAGCAACCGAAAAAUGAUGGACAUUUUCGGCAAAUGAGUGGACAUGAAUGAAAUCCAUCUGCCAAAGGAUAUUUUUAACAUUUAGCACAAAACACACAUUAUUCUAUACCACGCCUCCUUUUUUCCAUUAUUUGUUCAUCAGUUUAUUUGUUUUUAUAUGUAUGUAUUUUUAUAGCGUUAACCUCACAUGAAGAAUCUGAAUUGCAAUUCAAUUGAUAGUAACCAGACUGUAUCAUAAAACAAAGGAAAUGUCAUUUAAACUUGUAUAACUGCUGUAACAAUGCUACUCGAAGAGAGCUUCUACACAUUCGAUAUUUGUUUUCCUUGAAAACAGCUAUCCAUAUUGAUUGUUUGGAAGUUUAUCGAUUUCAGGAAGACGCAGGCCUAUCUUAAAUCGAAAGCUUCUCUGAAAUUCAGUUUCGCUGUUUACUAUUAACUUGAGUUUGACAAUAAACACAUCAUGAGCAACCAAACAUUUACGUUGCGUAAGAGAAUGUCUAAUAUAUAUAUUUUGAAAUAAAAGUCUUCAAAGUUC